AUGGAAUCCAAUAUUUUUGUGCAUCCAAGCUAUUGGGAAUGUGAUGAUUGCAAACGCAUUCUCAAACAUGGUGAAUUUCGUUUCAACUGCGUCGUCUGUCCUGAUUAUGAUCAGUGUGAAACGUGUACAGCAACAGUUCAGCCACCGCAUCCACAUCGACUAGUUCGUGAGAUUGCAUAUGGUUAUGUCGAAGAAACAGAACACAGUAGAGUAGAUCUGGCUGCAAGGAUUCAAGCUGCAAUUACAACCUAUCAGGUUCGAUAUUGUAUGGGUGUACGAGAUGUUGAUCCACAUAAUCCUCAAAUAUAUACAGACUCGUAUUCCUGGCAAACAUUCAAAACAAUAGGUGAACGACUAACAAAUUUCAGUCAUGGACUACGACGUUUUAUAAAACCACGUACUUAUGUCGGCAUUUGUGCAGCAAAUCGGCCAGAAUGGUUGAUGACAGAUUUUGCUUGUAUUUUACAGAGUUUUAUUACUGUGCCAAUCUAUUGUCUAUUUACUGAUCGUGAUAUAGCUUUUAUUCUCCAAAAUACGUCAUUAUCCAUUGUAGUUUGUGAUAAAGAAAUGUUACCGAAAUUCAUUCGCUUACAUUCUGAAUGUCCAUUACUACAGCAUAUUGUAUGCAUGGAUCCGAUUCCUGAAACUAUUUCAAAAGUGAAUGGUCUUUCAAUUCAUUAUAUGGGCACCCUAGAACGAUAUGGUUCAUUGAAACGAUACGAAUAUACCAUAACUGAGCCCGAUGAUUGUAUUACUGUCAUAUAUACUAGUGGAAGUUCCGGGUUUCCUAAAGGAGCUAUAAUCUCCGAAAGUUCACUUAGAAAUAAUUUUUCAUCUGUAAAUUCAGCAUACCGCUCGGAGCGCAUCAGACUUUGCUAUCGGCCAUUUUCAUGGGCUACUGAUCGCCUGAGCUCAAUUGGAUUAUUUCUUCAAGGAGGACGCACUGGAUUCUCAACCGGCGAUGUAAGUCGUCUAAUGGAAGAACUAACUCUAGUUAGACCAACAACUUUUUCUGCUCCGCCAACUAUUUGGAAUAAAAUUUAUGCUGAAUACAAAGCAAAUCUAGCAUUAAUGACUACUGACCAAUCAAUUACUGAUAUAACAUUGACCGAAGAGGUUCUACUGGAAAAAUUUUCAAAAUUGAUACCAUUAAGAUGUCACCUCCUUUCUAUAGGUGGUGCUAUGGUCAAUUCGGCAGUGCUCGAUUUUAUGAAACGAUGUUUCAAACGUUGUGAAAUUGUAGAAUCCUACGGAACUACCGAAUGUGGUGGAAUCACAUACGACGAACUUCUCGACACGGGUAUCAAUUAUUCUCUUGAGUCAGUGCCAGAAAUGGGUUAUACACUUGCCGAUAAGCCAUUCCCACGAGGGGAACUGUUAGUUAAAACAGGGACGAUGUUUUCUGGAUAUAUAAACAAUCCUGAAGAAACAAAAAUGGCAAUUACCGAUAGCGGAUUUUUCCGUACUGGAGAUAUUGUUGAAUUACGUCCUGAAAAAGAUGGAAAACCUCGAAUACAUAUUAUUGAUCGAAAAAAAAGUUUUUUCAAACUUUCCCAAGGACAAUUUAUAUCACCAGAAUCUCUUCAAGAAAUUUAUAUGCAAAGUCCAUUUGUUGAACAAAUCUAUAUUCAUGGUAAUCCUCUAGAAGAUUCUGUUUCGGCAGUUAUAGUACCUAACAAAGACUAUGCUCGAGCAUUUGCUACGAAACAUAAUCUGCUGGAUUUAGAUAACGAUCAUCCAAAUACAUUAUUUUAUGAUGCAAUCAUGCAAGAUCUGUAUUUGUUAGCUAAAAAAGAAUCACUUCGAAAGCAUGAAAUUCCGUCUAAAUUAAUUAUUGAAUUUGAACCUUUUACAUCUGAAAAUGGUUUACUCACAUCUUCAAUGAAACUUUGCCGUUAUCGAUUGGCUACACAUUAUGGUGAUCGAUUAAAAACUAUCGAAUCAAUAGAAGUUCGUCUAAAAACUAUGAUCGAAAGAGCAAUUGAACGUUCAUUAACAAUCGACGAAACAUCAAAUUUUAUGUCAAUCGGUGGUGACUCAUUGGCUGCUAUACGGCUCUCUCGUAUGAUACAAGAAGAUCUAGGAGUACCUAUACCAAUCGAUAUUCUUUUCGACUCCAAUAUGAACCUAGAGAGUCUAGUCAAAACAAUUAAAAAUCCAUCACGAAUCUUAUCAUUUCCAAAUUCGAUUAUAUCUCAACUAUUAAAUGAUUCAAUACAAGAACUCAACAUAACAAUUAAGGAAAAGAAAAAUGAGAGUGUGUCUCCUUCAACAAUUUUUAUAACAGGUACUACAGGAUUUGUCGGUGCUUUCUUACUAGCUGAAUUAUUAAAAGUAUAUCCCUCUGAUUGUAAAUUUAUUUGUCUGGUACGAUGUCAAAUUACAGCAAAUCCAUUAAAACGCAUUAAAGAAAAUAUGGCAUUUCUUCAAUUAUGGAAUGACAAAUAUCAAGAUCGUAUUAUUGCAUUGCGUGGUGAUCUUUCUGAAGAGCAUUUUGGACUCGAUAUACAAACUUAUUCAGCAUUGGCUACUUGUAUAGAUGUUAUUUUUCAUUGUGGAGCUAUUGUUAAUUUUGUACUUCCUUACAACGCACUCUACAGAUCGAAUGUUCUAGGAACUCUUGAAGUAAUUCGUCUGGCGACUUAUAGUGAUGCAUGCAUACCAGUACAAUACAUAUCGACUAUUAGUGUGCUACCUUCGGAAAUAACACAAGAAGUGCAUAUCGAUGAAAUCUCUCCCAAUCAUUUGAGAAGUGGUUAUGCACAAAGUAAAUGGGUCGCAGAAAAACUCAUUGCUAAAGCCAAUCGCUCGGGUCUACCAGUUAAUAUCUAUCGACUUGGAUCAAUUUGGGGACAUACAGAAACCGGUGCUUGUAAUCAAAAUGAUAUUAAUACAUUACUAUUGGCAGCAAUUAUGAAAACAGGGUGCUAUCCGACAAUAUCUCCUCAUAUGAAACUGAAUGGUUUACCAGCUAAUUUAGCUGCUCGAAGCAUUGUAUCUUUGAGUCAUGCUGAGCUACAUGUUUAUGGAAGAACAUAUCAUGUUGUUCCAUCGAAUGAAGGGAUAUCGUUUGAAAAUAUCAUUGAAGGUAUUCAAAAUUGUGGUAUAGCACUUAUUGAUCUUCCUUAUAACGAUUGGAAAGUGAAAUUAACAUUACAAUCAUCAAAGAAACGUUCAUUCGAAUCGGUUGCUGAAUUUUUUGCAAACAAUCCAUUUGAACGAAUGCCAUCAGCAAAAUCAUCAUCUAAUACUAUAUACGAUUUAACAUUUCCAUCCAUAGAUAAGGUUUAUAUCAGGAAAUGGUUAACAUUUAUAUUAAAUAAUAUUGUUAAUUAA